AUGGAAAAUACAAGAAGUGAUGGUACAGCUGAAUAUCCCGAGACUUGGAUGAACCAAAGGGAAAGAAUGCUUGAAGCUUUGACAGAAGCAAUAAUGCAACAACAAAGACAACAACCUUUGCCUUCUCCGUCUCCUCUUGUCCAAGCAAAACCGGUAAACAAUGACAUCAUCAGCUUGACUCAGAAAUUCAAUAAGAUGAAGCCACCGACUUUCUUGGAUGGAAUUGAAUGUUUAAAGACUGAAACAUGGAUGCUAAAAAUUGAAAAGUUAUUUGAAAUCUUUCCAUGUACCGUGACUCAAAAAGUUUUGCUGGCCACCUACACCUUAAAGGACGAAGCUCGAUGUUGGUGGAUGCUUGUCCGUAAAAGCAGUGGGACUUUGACUUGGGAUCAAUUCAAAGAGAUCUUCAAUGAAAAAUACUUCCCUCAGUGUUUUCGAGAUAGAAAUGUGUCUGAAUUCCAAGAACUCAAACAAGGCAAUAUGUCAAUGGCCGAAUAUGAGGCUAAGUUCACUAAAUUAGCCCGUUUUGCCCCAUACAUGGUGGAACAUAAUGGACACGUCUAA